AUGAAUGCUUUAUAUUCAGGUGCAAUGAUGCAAUAUAUGCCCACAGAAAUAUUAGAAAAGGUAGGUCCAAAGAAAGUUCCGGAUAUUCGAAGUAUUGCACCUGAUGCAGAAAUAGGUUAUACACUUGAAGUUGAUCUAGAAGUUCCAGUGCAUUUGCACAAUUUCUUUGCAGACUAUCCGUUAGCGCCUGAAAAGCAGAUAGUUCCAGAAGAUUGGCUUAGCUUGUAUAAUGAAAGAUUAGUCUAUGAUAAAGAAGUCGGGGGUGGAAAAUACAUGUCCGGAGAGAAGUUAGUUCAGACCCUUUUUACUAAGAAGAAUUAUGUAGUUCACUAUCGAGCUCUCCAGACAUAUAUAAAGUUCAGAAUGAAGGUUACAAAGAUUCAUAGCGCUCUCAAGUUCAGGCAGUCUCCAUGGAUGAAAGACUAUAUUGAGGAAAACAUUCGCAAGCGUAAAAUUGCUAAAGCUAAUAGGGAUGAAUUUGGGGUUAUGUAUUAUAAGCUAAAAAACAAUGUGGUCUUUGGCAAACAAAUAGAAAAUGUUCAUAAACAUAUGAGAGUAGAAUUACUCCGAACAGAAGAGGAUAAAAAAAUUAGGCGCCUAGCAAGUUCACCAUUAUAUGUAGGCUUUAAAGCAUUUGAAGGGGGGGAUCCAAUAGGUGAAUUAGUAUGCUUAAAGCCAAAAAUGUAUUCAGUUCUUCCAGCAGGUCAUGAUUCUAAAACUCCUGAUGACCCAGAUUCUGAAGACCCUAAAAAGAAGCAUGGCAUUCAGAAGGCAAAGGGUAUUAAGAAAUGCGUGGUCAAAAGGGAGCUUCGAUAUGACAAAUUUCUAGAAUGUCUUAGGAACAAGAAAUUAACCCGACAUGAUAUGUAUGGUCUCUGCAGUUACGAUCAUCAAAUUUACCUCGAGAGGGUAAAUAAAAUUGGGUUAAAUUCAUAUGAUAAUAAACGCUGGAUAUUGCUUGAUGGAAUCCGAACCCUCCCAUAUGGACAUUGGCAAAUUGGAAUAUAUAAACGCCUAGUAGCAUCUGAAAUAGUUCCCGAGAAAGAGCUAUGA